AUGCUUCACUCCUUGUCUUCUCAGCUUUCUCGACUUAUUCCACUGGCCCCUUCACCAGUACGCAACAACAUAACAUCAAGAAGCAUCACUUCCUUCAACUGCUUUCCUUCUAUUGCCAGAGGCUUCGUCAUCCCUUCCAAGGAAAUGGGGAAAAAGCGGGGUUUCAUAUCAGCUACUGAUUCCUUCAAUCUUUGUGGUGCUCAGAACCAAGUGAGACAGUUUCGCACUUCUUCCCCGUGUCUUGAAAGAAAACGAAUGACCGGGGUUGUUGUAACCAAUGGGGCUCAGAAAUCAGUUGUAGUGGCAGUCGAAAGAUAUUUUGUGCAUCCCAAAGUCGGUAUGAUGAUCAAGAAGAGAAAGAAGUUUAUGGCUCAUGAUGAAGAAGACAAAUAUCAGGUUUCCUUAAAGAUUGGGGACCGAGUUAUUAUCGAAGAGCAUCGUCCUAUCAGCAAGAGAAAACGCUUCAUUGUCAUUGGCUUGGCUCCAUCCAAAAUCCCAAGCUAUUUGAGAGAGGAAGAUAAGCAGGAGAUCGAUGCCAAAUUCUCAAAGGAACACGUGGAAUCAGAAUCGGAAUCAGCCAAACAAUUGUCUGAUAAGUGA